AUGCAAUUUGUGAAGAUGACAACUAACACUUCAAAGACAACCGCGGCAUUGGUGUCGGUUCUCAUCUUUCCUAUUUCUCUUGUGCUGUUUGCCAGUGGCUUUUUUCCUUAUAAGCCAUUUCUUCCUGGCCUUGCUGCCUUUAACGAAGAUGGCUCACGGCCUUCUCCUGUCUUUGAUAGGGCCAUAUUUAUGGUCGUUGAUGCCCUGCGCAGUGAUUUUGUAUAUUCAAACAAUUCAGGAUUUGAAUUCACGCAGGGAUUGAUAAGAAAUGGCGCCGCGUUGCCUUUCACUGCCCAUGCAAGCUCUCCAACAAUUACGAUGCCACGAGUGAAAGCUAUUACGACCGGAUCAGUGCCGUCGUUUCUAGAUGUAAUCCUCAACUUUGCAGAAUCUGACACAACAUCCACCCUAGCUCAUCAAGACACAUGGCUGGCGCAAAUCAAACGCCGUCCUGGUGGGCGGCUAAUUAUGUAUGGCGAUGAUACGUGGCUAAAGCUCUUUCCCGGAAUGUUUGACAGGCAUGACGGGACUACCAGCUUCUUUGUCUCCGAUUUUGUCGAAGUGGAUAAUAAUGUUACGCGCCAUGUGCCUGAAGAGUUACAAAAUGACGAUUGGUCGGCAAUGAUCAUGCAUUAUCUUGGCCUUGAUCAUAUUGGCCACAAGGCUGGCCCAUUCAGUCCAUAUAUGAUACCCAAACAACGGGAAAUGGAUUCAAUUGUGAAGCAAAUAUACACUGCAAUGGAAAAACAGGAUCACCUUGCGUCGACAGUCCUGGUUUUGUGUGGUGACCAUGGAAUGAACGAUGCUGGAAAUCACGGAGGAGCAUCUCCUGGAGAAACCUCCGCGGCGCUUACCUUUAUAUCCCCAAAAUUCCGCCAAACCCAGCCUGGUAAAAUAUCCCCCAGUGUGGCGUCUGAGGACCUAAAUUUUUAUGACGUCGUUGAGCAGUCGGAUAUUGCACCAACCUUGGCAGGCUUACUUGGAUUCCCAAUACCCUUGAAUAAUUUAGGUGUUUUUAUACCAGAGUUUCUUUCUCUAUGGCCGCAAGGCUUGGAGAGAUUACAUCUUCUUCUGGACAAUGGCAGACAAAUCCUCAAUGUUGUUAAGGCCACCUAUCCCAAGUUUAAUGAGCACUCCGCGCUGUACUGUGGUGAAAGGACUUUAGCGACAGAUUUAUCUAACCUUGAGUGCCAAUGGCAGAAGGCGUCUCAGCUCUUUCAGGAAGCCAAAGCCGAUUUGACCCUUCUCCCCGAUGCAGAAACGUCGCUUAUUGAGUUUUGUCGCGCAGCUCAACGCAUUAUGAGCAAUGCUUCGAGUAACUAUACUGUGACCAGGCUAUAUCAGGGCACAGCGGUAGCAUUUAUGGCGGUUCUAUUGUCUCUCAUUUCAAUUUUCAAGUUUUCGUUGAAAUUAACGCGAGACAUGAAAUACUUUUUACUUGUGGUCGCCGGUUAUUCUUCUUUGAUGUUUGCCAGCAGCUACGUGGAAGAAGAGCAACAGUUUUGGUACUGGGCGUUAACUGGAUGGAUAUGCUACUUAUAUCUCAGGACGUGCCGUCGAGCAACUAGCAGCUUUCGAUUCGGUAGUGCUUUGUGCCUGGCGGCUUUAUCCCGAAUUGCCAGACGCUGGAAUCAAACAGGCCAAAAGUUCGCUGCCGAACCCGACAUUGCCACAACAUUCUUUUCCAACCAUCCUAAUAUUCUAUGGAUAUUGGCUCUUUUUACGUAUACCGAUGUUUACCAGCGACUUAAACCUUUAGAUUUGGAAGGCCGCAAAGUCAAUAUUGCAUCGGCACUUUAUCUUCCAUUAACAAGUUUUGCUUUCAUAUUCAAGGCCGCGUUUACCUCAGCUGAUGCACCAGAACUAAUCCGCCACACUCCGCUCCUUUCAUCUUUGGUGGGAAGUGUGCAAAGCCUUUCUCUUCUUUUCCAAGCCCGAUUCAUUUUUGCUGGACUAUGCGGGGCACUGCUUUAUGGUGCCUUUGCAAAAUUUAAAGCAAGCCGGGGCUUGCAAUAUCGAAGGCGAGCAGAUUGGUCGUCUACAUUCCACGCUAUACUGAGUCUUUUCCUUCUCUCCCAGUCCCGGGCCACCAAUGUCCCUCUCUUUGGAAUCUUCCAACUUCAAUACGACCUCCUCUUAUCUAUGAGCCUAUCCCACUCCGAAAUCGCCAUCACGUCUCUUUUGAUGCAAUACACUGCGUUUUUUGCUCUUGGUGGUUCCAAUGCUAUAUCAUCUAUUGAUCUAUCAAACGCCUACAACGGGAUCGGCAGCUACAAUGUCGUUUUGGUUGGAAUCCUCACAUUCGUCGGCAACUGGGCCGGCCCUAUCUGGUGGGUAUCUGCCACGCAGUGCAUGCUUCGAAUGAAGAAUCAAAAUUUGAAGACACCCGGAGACAUUCACCUUCAACUGUGGACUUUAUUUACAGCUACAAGUUUGUUAGCUGUGAUGGUAGCAUGUACAGUUCUCAGAGCACAUUUGUUCAUCUGGACCGUAUUCUCACCCAAAUUCCUUUACAGUGCAGCAUGGGCAUUGGGGCACCAUGUCGUGGUUAAUAUUUUGUUCGGGGAGGGCCUUUUGAGGCUGCUCUAUAAUUAAUGAGUUUUUGUUGUUUCUUCCGUUGGUUUGCUGGGCUCACUGAAAAGAUUUUCUGGUUC